UGUUGUGCUUGAGGGACAGGGUGUCAUUUAUUAGGCGCAAACUUUGGAAUAAGAGGAAGAAUAUUAAUCGAAGUCGUAUUGAACAUUCCAACAGAAAUGUUUUACCAUAUUUCUUUGGAGCACGAAAUCUUACUACACCCGAGGUAUUUUGGUCCCAACCUACUCAAUACUGUGAAGCAGAAGCUUUUCACAGAAGUGGAGGGUACCUGCACUGGCAAGUAUGGCUUUGUCAUUGCAGUCACCACCAUUGACAAUAUUGGGGCAGGUGUAAUCCAGCCAGGCAGAGGGUUUGUCCUCUAUCCAGUCAAGUACAAAGCCAUUGUGUUCCGCCCGUUUAAAGGGGAAGUGGUGGAUGCUGUGGUCACUCAGGUUAACAAGGUUGGAUUGUUCACAGAAAUUGGUCCCAUGUCUUGCUUCAUCUCACGUCAUUCCAUCCCCUCAGAAAUGGAGUUUGACCCCAACUCCAAUCCUCCUUGUUAUAAGACAGUUGAUGAGGACAUUGUAAUCCAACAAGAUGAUGAGAUCCGACUAAAGAUUGUGGGCACAAGAGUGGACAAAAAUGACAUUUUUGCAAUUGGAUCUCUCAUGGAUGAUUACCUGGGUCUUGUGAGCUGAUGCAUCCCAGAAGGACCACAUUUCACAUGGGACAUUUUAUGUAGUUGCCUAGUUUUUUUUGGAUAUGAAUAUUUUUCUGCUCUGAUUGAUAUGAUGUGGUGAAUCCUCAUAGCUACAACACUAUAGUAUUAUUUUUACCACAUUAGUAGGUUUUUAUAGGUGCAUACUUCAAAGGCAGCUUUGUCAUAACAUUGAUAUGCUAAAUUGGCAGUAAACAUGGUAAAUGAUAGCAAAGUAACCCAUACAACCCUUACAGUGUCUGUCGUAUAGAAUUAAUAAUUUCCAUCUUCCAUGUUUUUUAUGGGCUUAUACUA